AUGGCUGAUACUAAUUCUGACGAGACAAUUCUCAUUAAGCGAUCAAAUCUGUUGGAGGAUUCCCCGGCUACCCGAGUCUAUAGGAGUGCUUCUGAAGCAUUUAAAACAGAUAAGACAAUUCUGAAGAAAUCAGACAAGUUUAAUAAUACAUAUAAAGAUAUGGUUGAUGAAAUAUCAGAGAAUACAGUUGAUUCUAGUGACCAGGUGUCAGAAGUUAGUGAAGAAAUCCUGAUGAGAUUAGAGAUUGCAAAACUUCAGCAAGAAGUUGAAAUGAUGAGAGCUAGUAGAAAGACAUUUAUUAUCAAUACUAGCAAUAAUAAAAUAAAUGAAGAUCUUGCAAACUAUCUACAGAGAAAUAAUAGAACUACUAUCAUAAUGAAGAUCUUGACUGAAUUUAGAGAUUAA